UCUGUUAUCUGUAGUGAACUAUUUUUAUAGCAUAAAAAAAUGAAGGGUAAUCAACGGCUAGUACACAGUAAUGGCGACAAUCUCUCCCUCUGUCUUGUCAUCUCCCUCUGUUCCUCCGCGGAGAUCAACAGACAUUUCUACCCACAAACCCGUUUCCAUACCCACCGAUGGCGCCAUCUCUUUGUUGAGAUCUUGUUCAAAUAUCAGGGAAUUCUCACGAAUUCACGCCCACUUAAUCACCACAAACCUCAUCCACGACCCUCUCAUAGCCAGCCAUGUCCUUCAUUUCUUCAUCUCCAACGGGAACCUCAGCUAUUUUCACCGUAUUUUGAGCCAAGAACACGGCUCAGAAACUAUAAUUUGGAACACACUUAUUGAAAGCCGAAUAAAAAAUGGGUCUCCGCGAGAGGUCUUCUCAACUUACCAUCACAUGGUUACCCGAGGGGUACCACUCGAUAUUUCCACUUUUCGUUUUCUUCUUCAUGCUUGUUCUGGUGUCUCUGCAUUUCGAGAAGGAAAGGAAGUUCACGGUCGGAUUUUGAAAUACGGGUUAGGUUUCAAUAAGUCUUUGACGAAUAUUCUAAUGGGUUUGUAUAUGAAAGGCGGGGAAUUGAAAUACGUACACCAGCUGUUCGAGAGUUUGCCUGAGAGAGACGUGGUUAGCUGGAAUACCAUCAUAUCGUGCUAUAUUCGUCAGGGAAUGCCUCGGGAGGCUUUGAGUCUGUUCUGGAGGAUGAAGGUCGGCGGGGUUAAACCUGAUGAAAUAACCAUGGUUAGCUUGGUUUCGGCCUGUACAAAAUUGAGAGAGUUGAAAAUGGGAGAGAAAUUAUAUCUUUAUAUUGAAAAAAAUGAGUUGGGGAUUAGUCAGAACUUGUUAAAUUGUCUGGUGGAUAUGUAUGUCAAGUGUGGGGAAAUGGAGAGAGCACAGGAUCUCGUGGCUAAAUGUAAAUAUGAAAUUGACGUUGUCUUAUGGACUACAAUGGUCAGUGGGUAUGUGAAAUCUAAUAAAAUCAAUGCAGCCAGGUGCCUGUUUGAGCAGAUGAGAGAGAAGAAUUUGAUUACGUGGACUACGAUGAUUUCAGGUUAUGUUCAAAGAGGUUAUUAUUAUGAAGGUCUAGAGUUGUUCAGAGAAAUGAGAUCUGAAAAUAUGGAGCCAGAUGAGGUUGUUCUUCUUACUGCACUUUCGGCCUGUGCUCGUAUGGGGGAUCGUGAGUUAGGCAGAUCCAUACACAAUAUGAUUGUCAAAUAUGGCAUGAUUGUUGACGGGUUUCUUGGGAAUGCCUUGAUAGACCACUACGCAAAAUGUGAACUAUUGGAUGAAGCUUGGAAAAUAUUUGAGCAGUUGCCAUGUAAGACUGUAGUGUCGUGGAAUUCAAUGUUGGAUGGGUUUUGCAGAAGCGGAGAUAUAGAGAAGGCAAUAGCCUUCUUCAAUGAAAUCCCUGAGAAGGACGUGAUUUCUUGGAACACCUUGAUCAAGUGCUGCACCAGGUUUCAUCAUCACAGCGAAUCGUUUAAGCUGUUCCUUAAUAUGCAAAGUCUAAAUGUAAAACCCGACAAGCUCACUUUGAUCAGUUUGCUAUCCUCCUCUGCUAGUGUUGGGGCAUUGAACAAUGGCAUUUGGGUCCAUGUUUACAUAAAAAAGAAUUAUAUUGAAUUGGAUAGCAUGUUGGGGACUGCCCUAAUUGACAUGUAUGGAAAGUGUGGAAGCAUUGAUAAAGCCUACGAGUUAUUUUCUGAGAUAACGGAGAAAAAUGUGUUUGUGUGGACAGCAAUCAUUGGAGCACAUGCCAUGGAGGGGAAAGCUUGGGAAGCAAUUGAUCUUUUCCUGAAAAUGGAAGAAACAGCAAUAGAGCCAGAUUAUGUCACCUUUAUAGCUCUUUUAUCUGCUUGUAGUCAUGGAGGCUUAAUUGAUGAAGGGUACAAGUAUUUCAACAAGAUGACUACUGUCUACAAAAUUGCUCCUACAAUCCAGCACUAUGGGUGCAUGGUUGAUCUUCUAGGUCGAGUUGGGAAGUUAGAAGAGGCGGUAAAACUCAUUGAGAGUAUGCCAAUAGAACCAGAUGUCUCAAUCUGGAGUGCCUUGCUGAGAGCAUGUGGAAGCCAUCAAAACAUAGAAUUAGCAGAGCAUGCAUUUAAACAUCUCACAGAGAUUGACCCUCUAAAUGAUGCAGCUCAUGUGCUACUCUCAAACAUAUAUGCAAAAGCCGGUAGAUGGGAUGAAGUCAGCUGGGCGAGAAAGAAACUGCAUGAUCUAGGGGUACAGAAGCACCCAGGAUGCAGUCUGAUAGAGCUGAACGGCAUUGUUCAUGAAUUCAGAGCUGGAGAUUUUUCUAGCCCUCAAUCUGCAGAAAUUUAUGCCAUGUUGGAUGAGUUAGAGGAAAGAUCACCAAAAGAAGAACCAGAGGAAGAGGCAUCAUCUCGGCAUAGCGAGAAGUUGGCCGUUGCUUUUGGUCUUAUAAGCAGCCCUGCAGGAACUCCCGUCCGGGUUGUGAACAACCUGCGGAUUUGUGGAGGCUGUCACUUGGCUAUGAAGAUUAUAUCUCAGGUUUAUAAUAGAGAAAUUAUUGUCAGGGAUAAUUACAGGUUCCAUCGAUUUAUAGACGGGUAUUGCUCCUGUAAAGAUUAUUGGUAAAUCCAGUUUUGGCUUCUAAAA